AUAACGUCCUCUUCACCUCUUAUUCAAUUUUGAAAAUUUAGCUCAUUGAAGAACGAAAGUAUCGAAAAUUUCAAGGAAAGAAGCAGGUGUUAAUGAAGAAGAUCGACGAGACUAGUUUCUCGGUGUGUGAGUUCUGAGUUAUCGGACAUCCCCAGAAGUAAACAACAUGGCGCAUUCGGAUGUUAAUUUUUCCGAUACAUUUUCGGAUAAAUCAAAUUCUUCUAGUUUUGAAGGAACUUCAGAUGAAAAUGAAAAGCAGGAUAUAUUAGAAAAUAAUCCAAAUUCAAAUAUAGCACUACAUGUUUUAAAUAGGCAGGUUUAUGGACGAUUUACGAAAAGACCUAGAGCAAAGACUGAAAAAGUUUUUAGAAAUAUUCAUCCACAAUGCAGAGUCCCACUCAGUUCUCUAGUAAGGAAUACAGAAAAUAUGCAUCAUGUUUUCAUGGGAUUCACGGUAUGUGGAACGUAUUUUUUAAGUUUCACCGAAAAGAGUGCAGGUUCAGACCAAGAUAUUUUAUAUAUGCUCAAUUCAUCCUAUGAAUAUGAAUUACAUUUAUGGAGGUUCCAACCAGGAAUGGAAUUGAAAUAUAUAACAAGAUACAAAAUAUUCAAGCAACUCCAGGAUUCAACAAAUGUUCUGGACAACGUGAUGUUCAUGCAAUUCCCAUUAGAUCCAUAUAAAUUGAUUUGUUAUGGAGUUGUAUCGUCAAAUACUCCUAUGGCUUACAUGACUAUUUUAACUUUACCAUCAAAGAGUUGUAAACACUGUUGUAAGAACCCUGUCCAAAAAGGCAAAGAGGCUGUUUCUGAAGGUUGGUGCAUGAAACAUGGUUUCAUUUUACACUACACCCUACCACUUUCAAAUCCAUCCCCAGUAUUCAAUCCACAUAUCUCUUUAGCAUACCCAGAUUACUUAGUAGUUAAUACAGGUCACUAUAUUCAUAUUUUGAAUAUUAAUACAUCGAAUCCACCCCAAGCCAGUAGUAAUGCUGUUCCUAUUAAUAUCAAAGAUGAGGAUAAACUAGGAAUCAGUUUUAAUGAUACUCAGAGUGAAGCAUCAGAGACUAUCAGUGAUAAUUUUGAAACAAACAGUGUAGUGGAUGCCAUCUUAGAAGAUUUCAGUGAAUAUGAUCUGGAAAGUGGUGAAUGUAAUAAACCAUUUCAUGAACUCAACAUCUCCUGUGAACCAUUGAAUGUAACAGGUAAAAGCUAUCAUAACACACUAGUUCAAAAUAUUGUGGAUCCUCGAAUCAAAAGACUACAAACAUCGAAAGACUACCAAUUUCCAGUUCCUCAAAAUUCAACAGUGCAAAAAAAUUCGGAAAAGACAAAAAUCGAUUUAAAAAAUGCGGAAAAAGCAUAUGAAUUUAUUGAAGAGAAUGAAAAGUGUGAAAAGUUGAGUUUGUUCCGUAAAAAACGUUUGGCGGAAAAAAAGUAUGAGUUUUCGGAGGACAAUAUGGAGAAUAUCGUUCCAUUCAACUCUCUUCGACGGGAAAGACGUUUUUUCAGAAGGUGUAUUCGAUCUCCUGAUCUGAACAACCUCUUUUUAAGCCCUCGGUCGCCGGGUUUAAGGUCACCUAUCCAAUCACCUAGUUCUCGAAGUGGACAAUUUUCACCUGGUGGUGGACAUAAUGUGUACUGUACUUCCUUUCGCAACUCUCCUCAUCAUUUCAACCGUUCUCCAAUAUCGCCCAAAGAAACUACUAGGAAAUUCCAUAGCUAUUCUCCUUCAGGUCUUGAGAGUGAUUUUGAUAAUGACUCAAGACUGAUUAUGAAAUCUAAUGGUACAAGUUAUGGACACUUGUCGAGUUUCACGGGUAUUGGUGGUGGAGGAGGAGUAGAGAAUUUUAGAUCUAAUCAUUGUGGAUUGCUUAUAGUGGAUGCUACUGGAAAAGAUAAUACCCCCAAGUGGAUCAAGAAAGUUGUUCGUAGAUAUUCCAAUGGAGACUUCGAAAAUGGUUCCUUAUUAAGUGGACACAGUAGAGAUGAUUACAACAUUCCCAUAGAAAUCCCCUUGAUUGCUCAAACACUAUCCGAUCAACUGCUGGAUGUUGUACAAGAUUUCAAGUUGGAUCAUAUAACGCAGAUGCAUUUAAUUGUUACCCAAAGAACAUUUGACUGUGAACAGUUCAUACAGAGGAGAGCUCAACAACUUUGUACUGAAUCACAAUUACAAUUUUUGCAUUGUCAGGACUAUGAUGUGAAGAUGAUACAUAUCUGUCCAAUGGAUGGUGAUAUAGUUUGUAAGGCCACGAUAAAAAUUGGAGCUUUGAAAAAUGUUUCUAAUUGUAAACCAGCUAUCUAUUGCUCCGAGUUUAUUUUUAUAUGGAAUAUUGCAACAGACGCUUUCAAGUUACUUUACACGCCCACCGAAAAACUUUGUUCAGUGAAAAGUUUCAAGCCAUUGCCACCGUUAAAGUUUCCUAGGAUCAAUUGCCAAAAAGUUAUGGUUUUGGACUAUGGAUUCAUGUCAACGAAAACUGUUCUCAGGGAUUAUUCUAGUAAUUAUGAAAUUUAUCUCAAUGAGGGAGAAUUGCCUUGUAUGAGUAGUAAUAGGACUUUUUGGUUUUCUGAAGAUUUCUUCUCUGAAUCAGAAGCCAUGUAUGAUUUCGAAGAAAAUUCAUUGUGAAAUACUCGACUGCCAUUUAUCUCCUGAACUUGCCUUUUUCAUAAAUAAUAUUAGAAAUGAUAUUUUAUAAAUACUGAAAGUUAGUUGGAUAUUACCUGUGAUUUUAAAUGUACUGAGUAAUAAAUUAUUUAUGUUCUUGCUUUU